AUGGGCCAAGACGACAAGCAGAAGCUUAUUGAGGCCGAGUCGGUCAAGAAGUUCGCCUUCUUCGGUGUCGCCGUCUCGACCGUCGCCACUUUGACCGCCAUCGUGGCCGUGCCAAUGUUGUGUAUGUACAUGCAGAACGUGCAGUCCGGCCUUCAGGACGAGAUCAACUUCUGCCGCACCCGCUCCGACUCCCUCCGUGGAGAAUACUCCAAGUUGGAGGCUUUCCGAAAGGCCGAGUCUCGUGAGAAACGCCAGACCUACCAAUGCUGCUCGUGCGGAAUUGGACCAGCUGGACCAGUCGGAAACCCAGGACAAGACGGAGCCCCAGGAAACGACGGACGCCCAGGAGCUCCAGGAGCCCCAGGACCAGACGCUCCAAACGACCACGUUCUCCCAACUGCUGCCGAUUUCUGCUUCGAAUGCCCACCAGGACCAGCCGGACAGCCAGGAAACCCAGGACCAAAGGGACCACCAGGACAGCCAGGAAACGCCGGAGAGCCAGGACCAAACGGACGCCCAGGAGCUCCAGGAGCACCAGGACCACAGGGACCACCAGGAGAACCAGGACAGGACGGAACCCCAGGACAGCCAGGAGCUCCAGGGCAAGUCCGCACCGUCCCAGCCCCACCAGGCCCACCAGGACAGCCAGGAGAGCCAGGAGCCCAGGGACCACCAGGAGAAGAUGGACACCCAGGAAACCCAGGACCACAAGGACCACCAGGACCACAAGGAGAGCCAGGACAAGAUGGAGCCCCAGGAAACCCAGGAGCCCCAGGAGAGCCAGGAGAUGCCGGACAAGACGGACACAAGGGAGGCUGCGAUCAUUGCCCUGUCCCAAGAACAGCUCCAGGAUAUUAA